AUGCAAUCUGAAAUUCAAAACGAGAGCGAUACUGAGGAAGAAUUUGAGUCCAUUUCAAAGGAUUUAAAACAGUAUGAAGAGAAAUCCAAACCCAACUUAGAAGAAACAGAAAUCAUCAAUAUUGGCACUAAGACGGAGGUUAAAGAAGUUAAAGUCAACAUUCAUUUGAAUAAGAAACAGAAUGAGGAAAUGAUUGAAUUCUCAAUGCUAUUUCAAGAUGUGUUUGCAUGGUCAUAUGAUGAUUUGGCAGGGAUCUCUACGGAUAUAAUGGUUUAUAGAUUGCCAACUGAUCCAAAAUUUUUACCUGUAAAGCAGAAGUCAUUGCCUAAGAAAUCUGGAGAGGUGCGAGUAUGUGUUGAUUACAGAGAUCUAAAUAAGGGCAGUCCGAAAGAUGAUUUUUCUUUGCCAAAUAUUCAUUUUCUUUUGGACAAUACUGUUGGACAUGAAAUUGAAUCUUUUGGUGAUUGUUUUGUUGGGUAUCAUCAAAUCUUAAUGGCAGAAGAACACAGAGAGAAAAUUUCAUUUAUCACCUCAUGGGGAAUCUUUUGUUAUCGAGUGAUGUCUUUCGAGUUAAAGAAUGCUGGAGCUACUUAUCAGAGGAUCAUGACUAUCUUGUUCCAUGACAUGAUUCACAAAGAAAUGGAGGUUUAUGUGAAUGAUAUCAUAAUUAAAUCCAAAAAAGUCGAGAACCAUUUGGUUGAUUUAAAGAAGCUGUUUGAAAGAUUGAUGAAGUAUAAUUUGGAAUUGAACCCUGCAAAAUGUGCUUUUGAAGCUCCGGCUGGUAAGUUAUUGGGAUUUAUUGUCAGUAAAAAGUUGUUGAAAAAGAAUGCAUCAAUGGUUUGGAAUGAAAAUUGUCAACAAGUUUUUGAUAAGAUCAAGAAUUACUUGUUAAAUCCUCCGAUCUUAGUGCCGCCUCAGCCAGGAAGACCUCUGAUUAUAUAUUUGUCUAUUCUCAAUAAGGCUAUUGGUUGCAUUCUAGGACAGCAUGACGAAUCUGAGAGAAAGGAACAAGUCAUCUAUUAUCUGAGCAAGAAAUUUACAACAUAUGAGGCCAACUAUUCUUUCCUUGAGAGAAGUUAUUGUGCUUUAGCAUGGGCAGUUCAGAAGUUGAGACAUUAUUUGUUCGAUUAUACCACUUACCUGAUUUCUCGUUCUGAUCCUCUAAAAUAUCUGUUGGAAAAGUCGAUGCCCACGGGACGUAUGGCUAAGUGGCAAAUGAUCCCUUUUGAGUUCAAUAUUGUCUUCACAACAUUAAAGGCAGUCAAGGGCCAAGCCAUAGCAGAUCAUUUGACAGAAAAUUCAAGAGAUGAUGAUUAUCAGCCAUUGCAUACCUACUUUCCUGAUAAAAAAAUUCUGUUUAUUGGAGCAGUUGAGGGCAUGAGUGAGCAGUAUCCUAGAUGGAGGUUAUUUUUUGGUGGUACAUCGAAUUCUUUUGGAGCUGGAAUUGGAGCAAUUUUAGUGUCGUUUGAAGGGAAACACUAUCCUGCUACUGCCAAAUUACGGUUUCCUUGUACCAACAACAUGGCCGAGUAUGAAACUUGUAUUUUUGGAUUGAAAAUGGCAUUGGACAUGAAGAUCAAGGACCUGAUAGCAUUCAGUGAUUUCGAUUUACUUGUGCACCAGACGCUUAAGCAGUGGGUAACUCGGGAUUCAAAAAUUAUUCUAUAUCAUUGUAGUUUGCUUAGUUUGGCCAACACAUUUAGGAAUUUGGAACUAAAACAUAUUUCCCGCACUCGUAACGCCUUUGGUAAUGCUUUAGCUAUUCUGUCAUCGAUGAUCCAACAUCCAGAUAAACUGGUGAUUGAACCUAUACAGAUUCAAUUUCAGGAUAGGCCAGCACAUUGUCUCAUUAUGAAAAGGGUCUUUAAUGUUCGCCCCUGGUACAAUAAUAUUAAGGAAUUCAUGAAGACGGGAUCCUACCCUCCUGAUGCUGAUUCUGUUACAAAAAGUUUCUUACGCAGAAUGUCAUCAAGAUUAUUCUUGAAUGGAGAAGUGUUAUACAAGAAAACAUCUGAUUUGGGCCUUUUGAAAUGCAUCAAUGAAGAGGAAGUCGAUUAUAUGAUGAAGAAAGUGCAUAGUGAGGUUUGUGGGCUACACAUGAAUGGGCAUCUACUGGCUAAAAAGAUCAUGAGAACAUGA